UUAUACGCCACUAAUAAUAACGUUACAUUGAAGAGGAACAUGUUCAGAGGUCUGAGGAACUUGGAGACCCUAGCGUUGGACUCAAACGACAUCACCGAAGUACCAGUCGGUGUCUUCAACGGAUUGCCUCAUAUAGACCUACUGUAUCUAUCCAGGAACCUGAUUUCAUACCUACAGCCUGAAGUGUUUCGAGGCUUGUCCGAGGUCAACGAACUGGACCUGGGCAGGAACAGACUGAGGAACAUAAACGGUGGAGUGUUUCGUUACCUGAAGAAUCUCAACUCCUUGUGGCUGAAUGGGAACCAGAUCGGAGUACUGAAGGAUGACACUUUUGAAGGAUUGGACAAUUUGUUGUUGUUGUUUUUGAAUAAUAAUGAACUGCGUUUGGUCGAUAUGCUCGCGUUCGCUGGUAUGAGGAAUGUUACCAUCGAUCCGGGGUUCAAGAUAGCUGGUAAAGUUAUGGGCAAUCUUGCCGAGGUGCGGGGACGGUUUAGGUGCAGCUGCGUUGCUUAUUAUCAGUCGCCAUACGACUGCGUUCAGAUAACAGUUCCGUUAAUUAAUUAGGUCUGUGUAUGAAUCAGGAUGGAUCAGUGGAGAAUUGAGACUGCUUUAAAUAGUAAUGCAUGAUUCAUUUUUUAUAUUCACUCGAUGCAUUUAUUUGAUCUGU